GUUUAAGAAGUAAGCUAAAUAGUCUGUUUAUUUGAUACUUAUUUCAAAACAAAGUUCUGUGGUUGACCAAAGAAGAUCAAAAAUGGCAGGAGGUCCUUAUAACUACUCGUAUAUUUUCAAAUACAUUAUUAUUGGUGACAUGGGUGUGGGAAAGUCAUGUCUUUUGCAUCAGUUUACAGAAAAAAAAUUUAUGGCAGACUGCCCUCAUACAAUUGGUGUAGAAUUCGGAACCCGCAUUGUUGAGGUAGCAUCUCAGAAAAUCAAACUUCAAAUAUGGGACACGGCUGGUCAAGAAAGGUUUAGAGCUGUUACUCGAAGUUAUUACAGAGGUGCUGCUGGUGCUCUUAUGGUUUAUGACAUUACAAGAAGAAGUACAUAUAAUCAUUUAAGUAGUUGGUUAACUGAUGCUAGAAACUUAACUAACCCCAAUACUGUUAUUAUUAUGAUUGGAAAUAAAUCUGACUUAGAAGCCCAGAGAGACGUGACAUAUGAAGAAGCCAAACAGUUUGCAGAUGAAAAUGGUCUGCUGUUCUUAGAAGCCAGUGCUAAAACGGGAGAUAAUGUUGAAGAUGCUUUUUUAGAAACUGCAAAAAAAAUAUUUCAAAGUAUACAAGACGGAAGCCUCGACCUUAAUGCUGCAGAAUCUGGUGUUCAACAUAAACCGCCUAAAAAGGGCGGACCAAGUCCUUUUCCACAAGAAAAUCCACAGAACAAAGAUGCUUGUGGUUGUUAAUAAUACUUUUUAUUAGUCUUUUUAUGCUUUUCUGUCGUCUUUUUCUUUUCGAAACAAUGUGUUACAUUAACAUUUCCAAAAAGUAGUACUUUUUAUUUUUUAUUUUUUUUUGCAACACAAUUAGAGUUUAAAAAGGGAAUUCAUGUUUUAUACAUUGUUACAAAAUAAUAUUUUGCUUAUUAUAAAUAAAAUUAAUUUAAUGUCUUAAGUUCUACGCGCUGCAUUUUGGUCUACUUCAUUCUGUUAAAAUAUAUAUGCCCAAUGUAAAUAUAUUAUAUGAAUCAAGAUUAUCUCCGGUGUACGUUUUUUGGCUUUGAAAAUCUUUUAUUUUCUAACUUACAAAAAUAGAAUAAAUAUUGAUUGGCUGAUAUCUGUGUGGUUAAUUAAAACUUUUUUUACUUUACAAUUCAUUCUUGAAAUGUUUUUCAUGAAAAGGGAAAUACAAAUUUUUUUUUAAGUGUAACGUAACGUUUAAAUUGUAUAUUUUCAUUUUGUCAUAUUUUUUGUCUAUGUUUUUUAUAUAUGUAAUAAUUUAAAUGUUCGCCUUUAAAAGAAUUAAUAAAUCCACAAUAAACAUUCUAA